GCAUAUAAUAGCCAUACAAGCUAGAUCCAGUCGUGUUCUACUGCUGAGUCAGCAAAAACGAAAAGUAAUUUGGCCUGGAAUGUCAUUAAAGGGUCAUAAUUAGUGAAAGUUUAAGUGAUGUCCGACCUCCUCUGGAUCCAGAUCCCCCCAUAGCCCUGCCGCGCCCUCUUACGUAGAGGCCAUUUUUCUUUUCUGCAUUAUUUAGAAGCCAGAAAAUUGCAUUGAGCGCGAGCUGCUAUAUCAUAUCCACUGGCACGGCAAUGGCAGGACCCAAGAUAGGCAUCUCUGCUGAGGAUUGGGUAAAGCACUGGGAGACUGACUUUGUAGAGUUCUCACACCAGGAGCAUGGCGAUCAGGGCGAGCACGGCCAUCAGGAUCAUCAUGGCGCCGGGGCCGAGGGAUGCGAGGAAAGAGGUUGUGGAAGUAUGAAAUCACUUAAGAAAUACCUCCCCAAGCUAACUCGAGACCGACCCUCUGUGUCCGUACUAGUGUCGCUGUGUGGAGACUCCUCAGAUGUGGCGUUCUUAGCCGGCAAAGGUCACGAUGUAAUCGGGAUUGAAAUAUCCGAAAAGGCCGUCAAGUCUAUUUUCACGGAAAACCAGCCCCCAAUUCCAUACUCUGUAACAGAGAAAGGUCCCUUCAAGGUCUACACGGCCACUGAUGACAAGAAGAUAGCAAUCUACGUUGGUAAUUUUUUUGAUACUCUACCUAGUGAUGUGGGUCCAUUUGAUGCCGUAUGGGAUGGUCACGGUAUUGUUUCACUACCUGAGAAAGACAUGCAGCCAUAUGCAGACAAGCUGAAGACGCUGCUGAAAGCCAAUGGUGCGAUGCUGUUCUCUACUUUGUGGUAUGACAUCAACGAGCUUACUAAAGGGCCUGCCCCUGCCCCCCUCUCUACUGACGAGCUUAGCAGAUUCUUCCCUGGCUGUAAGGUGGAACUACUGGAGAAAGGACCGUUUGAUAAUUCAGACUUUGAGGGAGUAACCAAGAUUACCAAUGAUAUCAAUUUUGUCACCAAGAACCAAUAACUAAACAACCAAUAACUGAACUCAACACAUCUGUGUGUGCUUAGGUAGUUAUAGUUUCAAUCAUUAGUUUUGUAUUGUAUUGUCCAGUACUUGA